UAUCUCCGGCACGGACCCUCCUCCAAGCAGCAGGACGCGGCGGGCGCCAUUUCAGGGAGCAGUCGUUUCUGCUGGAGCCGAGUCCGAAUCUCCUCGUUGUGGAACUUCCUCGGCUUUGGCCUUAUCCGUAAAAUAUCUUUUGAGGCCCAGAUUUUCCCCAUCUCUCUUUCCCGUCGGUGACGGGGUAAUUUUGCCGUUGGGGGCCUACUUCCCCCCGCCCGAAACAUCCGGAGCCUGAGCAAGUACACAGCGGUAGUUGCAGCAGCUGCCCUCCUCACAGACACCUGAGCUAGAAGCGGGACCCCCAGCAGCGCAGGUGUCUUGAAAAAUGGCUGAUGAUUAUUGCUAUUGAAGCAAUGCUUGAAGCUCCUUAUAAGAAGACUUGCCUAACGAUAUCUCACCUCUACUCCCAUGAAUUCACCUUUGAUUCCAGUGUGAACUGUCAAUCAUAAGGUAGUAAUUGAGUGACGUAUCGCUGUACCGUGGUCCCCCUAGGUAAAAACAAACAAAAAAAACAAAACGGAAAACACUCCUAAAAACUACCAGCUCAAUUUUGGAUUAGCAACAAGGUGAAUGCAGUGGUUUGGGCAAAUAGCAGGGUUCCAAGAAUAAUCUCUUCCCAAGUUCAUGGCAAGCAAUACUUAGACUGCUUAAUGGAAGAAGAGUGACCUCUUUUUAAAAAAAAAGAUAGACGGGUGAUUAAUCUUUAACAGGACAGGAGGCAAUUAACUGUUGUGCGAAAGACCCUUUCCAAAAAUUCUUGGAUCCCUGAAUAGUUCACAUUUUAGUAAUAGUAAAACAAAAUAUUGUUGCAGUCUACCGUUCUUGUGAAAGAGUACUCUUCUAUUUAUUUAAAUUUAGCAACUUUGAUAAAAAAUUCUACCUUUCUGAGUAUUUAAUACCUAGCUUCUAGAUCUAAACAGGCAGCAAAUGUAUUUAGUUUUUCACUGGAUAUUGGUGAAACUAUUAAAUUAUGCAUGCAGUAGCACUGGCUUCACAAAUCUAUAUACAAAAAAUUAAGUAAUGUAGCAGUUGAACUCAUGGUGUAACUGGUGUGAUAACUACAAUAAACAUAACAGCAACUAUUAGUUCAUUUUGGAGUAUGUUUAGUGCAGCUAUGCGGUAUGAGUUUUGAACAAGUGUUUGUAACCUUUUAAAUUUCAUGUUUAGUUUUAUGUAAUAGUUAUUAGCUAUGUAACAUUUUGAAAGAAAUCAUAAUUUGUAAUGUUAAGAAUCUGUGUGCUAGUUUAACAUGGAUAUUUUCCAUGUAAACAGGUAUGGAAUAGGGAAUAUUAGGCUGGACUGGUUGGAUUAUUGAUGACUGACUUGGGAGUCGACGUUACUAAAGCAGUGUGAAUCCCUGUUUGCUUCAGGGCGAGAUGUGUGACAGAGGUGGCAUCAAGCUCUUACAGUCCCAACCCUCCAACGAAAAUGGGCGAAGAUCUCAGGACUGGCAUCGGUCACAGGAAAUCGAUAGUGGCUGGCUGCUAGCAUGGCCACUUGGGGCUUAGGCAGAGAUAUAGCCUUGGUACUGGUCAAAGGGAUUAUAGUACAUGAAAAUGUUUUAAACGUGAAAUUUCUUUUACAUUUUAUUUAUUUAACCACUUGAGUGCUGAAAACUUCAGGAUAACUUUAAAGUCACGUAAGGAAGUUUGUACGAUUUAAAUAUAUUUUAAAUAGUAAUUCUUGUAUUUGUAAUUGUAUGACUUAACUAUAAGCAACAAAGUGGUUAAACAAGUCUACAUUAACUAGUAGCACUCCAUAUUAAAUGUAAAAUAAUUUUAGUAUUAAAAUUUUUGUUUUGUAUUUUCUUAUCCCUAUUCCCAUUACCCUUUUGACCACUUGAAAUGUUUCCACUUCGUCCUCACGAUGUUCUUCUAUCAACCCUGCUUAGGAUGAGAACAAAUUGAGCAGUGCCAAUGGCCAUGAAGAGCGCAGCAAGAAUUUUAUGUAGCCUCACUGAUCUCAUGGGCUAAAUCUGGGAUGGGGAACCUGUGGCCUUUCAGAUGUUGCUGGACUACACCUUUCAUCCCUGACAAUAGGCCAUGCCAAGAGGGAGAAAAAAGAGCAAGAGCAGAAGUCGUAGCCAUGACAGGAAGAGGAGUAGAAGUAAGGAGCGCAAACGAAGUCGUGAUCGUGAGAGGAAGAAGAGCAAAAGUCGGGAGAGGAAGCGCAGUAGAAGUAAAGAACGGAGACGCAGCCGUUCGAGAAGUAGAGAACGGCGAUUCAGAGGCCGUUACAGAAGCCCCUAUUCUGGUCCAAAAUUUAACAGUGCCAUCAGAGGAAAGAUUGGCUUGCCUCACAACAUUAAAAUAAGUAGACGACGAUCUAGGAGCAAAAGUCCAUUUAGAAAAGACAAGAGUCCUGUGAGAGAACCUAUUGAUAAUCUAACUCCAGAGGAGAGAGAUGCUCGAACAGUAUUCUGUAUGCAGCUUGCUGCAAGAAUUAGGCCAAGAGAUUUGGAAGAGUUUUUCUCUACUGUAGGAAAGGUUCGUGAUGUACGCAUGAUUUCAGACAGAAACUCCCGACGUUCCAAGGGAAUUGCUUAUGUGGAAUUUGUUGAUGUUAGUUCAGUACCUUUGGCAAUUGGAUUAACAGGACAACGAGUUUUGGGAGUACCAAUUAUUGUACAAGCAUCUCAAGCAGAGAAAAACAGAGCAGCAGCAAUGGCUAAUAACCUACAAAAAGGAAGUGCAGGCCCCAUGAGACUGUAUGUGGGAUCAUUACACUUCAAUAUAACUGAAGAUAUGCUUCGUGGAAUCUUUGAGCCUUUUGGGCGGAUUGAAAGCAUUCAGCUGAUGAUGGACAGUGAAACUGGACGUUCCAAAGGAUAUGGAUUUAUUACUUUUUCAGACUCUGAGUGUGCUAAAAAGGCCUUGGAACAACUAAAUGGGUUUGAACUAGCUGGCAGGCCAAUGAAAGUAGGUCAUGUAACUGAACGUACAGAUGCAUCCAGUGCUAGCUCAUUUUUGGACAGUGAUGAACUGGAAAGGACUGGAAUUGACUUGGGAACAACUGGCCGUCUUCAGUUGAUGGCAAGACUUGCUGAGGGUACUGGCUUGCAAAUUCCCCCAGCUGCACAGCAAGCUCUGCAGAUGAGUGGAUCAUUAGCCUUUAGUGCUGUAGCAGAUUUACAGACACGACUUUCACAGCAAAGUGAAGUGUUGGCUGCAGCUGCUUCUGUACAACCACUUGCAACACAGUGCUUCCAGCUCUCCAAUAUGUUUAAUCCUCAAACUGAAGAAGACGCUGGCUGGGAUACAGAAAUUAAGGAUGAUGUGAUUGAGGAGUGUAACAAACAUGGAGGCGUUGUCCAUAUUUAUGUAGACAAAAAUUCAGCUCAGGGUAAUGUGUAUGUCAAAUGCCCUUCAAUAGCUGCAGCAAUUGCAGCUGUCAAUGCAUUACAUGGAAGGUGGUUUGCAGGUAAAAUGAUCACAGCAGCAUACGUACCACUUCCAACAUACCACAACCUUUUCCCUGACUCUAUGAAUGCAACCCAGCUCUUGGUUCCUGCUCGGCGAUGAAGAUGGAUUUAGUCAGUUUUGUACAUAGCUAUUUUUGAAGGAAGACUUGAGUUACCUUUUUAAUUAGAAGAAAACAAAAGGAAAGGCUGUAAAGUCCUUUUGUGUACAUUUCCUGUUACUUUUAAACAAAAAACAGAGUAAGCAGGAAUGCUGUGUGUUCAUUCUCUUGAUUAGCAUUCCCACUGUAUACAAAGCUGACUACUUGUUCUGCCUUGUAAUUCUUGUACAUUUAGAACAUUUGGCUAAAGUGAUCUGUAGGAACAGAUGUAGCUCAUAGAAAAGAUUUUUCUGUAAAAGGUGGACAGGACAUAAUUUUUAAUGUUUCACAAGCCUUUUCUUUUAAUGCAGGUAUUACAUUUUACAUUCACCUUAAAUGUAGAUGCUCUGCUAAAGGUUAAUAUCAGAUUUAACUGGACAUAUUUAGUGUGUUUUGUAUGGAUCAAAAAUUUGAGAGGCUACUGAGUGAUUUCUUUGGCCAGCUGUUCUGCUCACUUAAUGUUGACCAGCUGGCAAAAUUUGGAGGAUUAUAGAAGAUUUUAUUUCUAGAUGGUAACUUUUGAUUGUCUCUGUAAAAGUUUCUUGUAAAUAAGGUGUAAGGUGUGUUUAGAAUUCCAAACAAAGCUAUCUCUGCAUUUCCAGAUUAAAGUUCCAUUGAGUGCAGGGAAUGUACCUAAAUUUGAAAGUUGAAGUAGGAAAUGCAGGAAUAUAUUUUGUCUGGUUGCAUAUAAUCUGCUCUUUUUUAAGCUCUGUGAGCUCUGAAAUAUAUUUUUGGGUUACUUCAAUGUGUUUGACAAAACAGCUUGAUAUUUCUAUCAACAAAUGACUUUCAUAUUGCAAUGAUCUUUGUAAGAACCACUCAAUAAAAUUCUCCUAAAGGCC